AUGUCCUUGAAUCCCAACACAACCUCCCCAACUCCCCCACAAUGUGCAUCGGAGCUCCAGAUGUUCCAGAGAAACUCCAACGUCUUUCGUACAAAUGUCUUGUUCAAUUUUGUCGUCGAAUCACUUACCCUGUGGGCUAGUGUUGCGUUUUGUCUGGUGCUUUAUAAACGCUCAUUUUUCUCCAAAUCAUGCACAUUUCUGAUCUACGUCAACCUCAUUGUGGUCAACUUGCACCAAUGGAACUAUGCGUUUAUUCAGGGCUGGUCUCUCCAACGUGCACUGGUCCACUCCGAUCAACCAUGCUCCAUCAUGUUCACAGAAUAUGAGUGCUUCCAGUGGUACACCAACAGCAUCUUCUCCAGACUUCUCUUGCUUUUCAUGAGCUGUGCAUUGACACUUGAUAACUUCGUCACCCUCCUGAUUCCACGUCUAACCGCCUCCUGUGGUUCUGGAAUCACGUUGUCUUUCGCUGCCGUUCUCGCUGCGUUUGCUCAAUGCUUAUACAUGACUCGCGAUGGACCGAACAGCAAUAUUCAGUCCAAUUGCUUCCAGCGACUCAAUCGAGAUGUCGGGGAGUUGAAGAUGCAGAUUUAUAUGUAUCUGAUAGUGGUGGCGGUUUGUGUAGUGUUGAAUGCAAUCCUUCUGGUCACGAAGUACAUGAUGUCGAAGAUUACGAAAACCAACUACGAUGUAAACGACAAAAUCGAGAAGAAGGAGGCAGUGAACACAGCCGGAGCGAUUUCCAUCGUUGUGAUGUGCCAGAUGAUCUUCUCGACUCUUUAUACUGUCUCCGUGGUUUAUCUAAUUAAUAAUGGAAAAGAUUUUGAUCCGCGUUACCUGAGCAACUUUGUGCUCUGGUGUUAUACCUACACCCUGUCGGCCUUCUCCUUCCCAGUAGGACUCCUCCUGUUCACCCGUGUCAUUCUAAACCGUCGCCGUCAAAACAUCAAAACGAUGAGAAACCAAACAGAAACUAUCGAUUCGCACUUCGAGAAAUUGGGAAAGGAAUGGGGAUGCUCACCACCAACCCGCAAAAUUACUCCAGUGGAGAAGUGA